AUGCUGCUGUGGUCGCUUCUCGUCGUGCUGCCAGCAUUCUCGGAGGCCUCGCAAGUGUUUGGAUGCUCCCUGCCGCCUCCCUCCACACAAAAAUUCAACGCGACAACAGCGGAGAAAACUUGGUACCAGCAAUACCAGUACCAGGUUCCCAUCCUGUCAUGGAUCGGUUGCAUUACAUACGAGCAGUCGCCUGGUGACAGCGACACCGAGAUGUACCUGAAUGGCAACUUCAGCAAGUUACCUAUUUUCCCCUUGUCGGCUAAAGCCACUUUCAACGGGAACCGAUUGGACAAAGUCUACAAAGGCAUAUGGUAUCCAUUCCUGAGUGGACCGUACAAUGUCGUGUACACAGAUGCGGAUCUCUUCAUCGAUCAUUACUGCUUCUUAGGCAAUGAUGUCGUUCAAGUCUUUACCAAUGAGAAGAAUCCCAGUGCCGAAGUGCUGGAGCGAAUGUGGAAAGUCGUUGCUGAGAGUCCAGAGGUGAACGAGUCUAAACUGAGGAGAGUCGCCUGUUGAUUAUGUAUAGUGCC